UUCCGGUGGAUACGUGGCUCUCCGCUGCCGCUGCCAUAUUGACGCUAACUAGCUAACGCUUCACCUUACUCGAAGUCAGCUGUAGUCGCACUCUGGCAUUCCGGAGUGACGAUAAAUCUCCCCCAAACCACAUACACCACGGACUGAAGAGCGUUCACACAUAAAGAGAGACCAAACAUGGUGCUGUUGGCAGCGGCGGUGUGCACCAAGGCCGGGAAGGCCAUCGUGUCGCGGCAGUUUGUGGAAAUGACCCGGACGCGGAUCGAGGGCCUGCUGGCCGCGUUCCCCAAGCUGAUGAACACGGGCAAGCAGCACACCUUUGUGGAAACAGACAGCGUGCGCUAUGUGUACCAGCCGCUGGAGAAGCUCUACAUGGUCCUCAUCACCACCAAGAACAGCAACAUCCUGGAGGAUCUCGAGACACUCAGACUGUUCUCCCGCGUGAUCCCAGAGUACUGCCGUGUGCUGGAGGAGAGUGAAAUCUCGGAGCACUGCUUCGACCUCAUCUUUGCCUUCGACGAGAUCGUGGCGCUCGGCUACAGAGAAAACGUCAACCUGGCUCAGAUCCGUACCUUCACAGAGAUGGACUCCCACGAGGAGAAGGUGUUCCGAGCUGUCAGAGAGACUCAGGAACGCGAGGCUAAAGCGGAGAUGAGGAGGAAAGCGAAGGAGCUGCAGCAGGCCAGGAGAGACGCCGAGCGCUCUGGGAAGAAGGUUCCAGCGUUCGGCGGGUUCGGUAACGUGAGCAGCAUGUCGUCAGGGUCCCUCAUCACAGACACCAUAGUGGAACCUGAGAAACCCAAGAUCACACCAGCUCCAGUCCGAUCAAGCGGCCCGAGCAAGGCUCUGAAGCUAGGCGCUAAAGGGAAAGAAGUGGAUAACUUUGUUGACCAGCUCAAGUCUGAGGGUGAAACCAUCAUUUCCUCCUCAGGAAAGAGAGGCUCAGACGUGUCCAAGGUUCUGCCACCGCCAGUCCAUGUGGAGAGCGUACAUCUGCGCGUGGAGGACAAGAUCUCGCUGAGCUGCGGCCGUGAUGGCGGCCUGCAGAACAUGGAGGUGCUGGGCAUGGUGACGCUCCGGGUCUCGGACGAGAAAAGCGGCCGCAUCCGCCUCAUCAUCAACAACAACGACAACAAGGGGCUGCAGCUUCAGACGCAUCCUAACGUGGACAAGAAGUUAUUCACAGCUGAAUCGGUGAUUGGCCUAAAGAACCCAGAGAAGUCCUUCCCUCUCAAUAACGACGUUGGCGUUCUGAAGUGGAGACUCCAGACCACAGACGAGUCCCUCAUACCUCUAACCAUAAACUGCUGGCCUUCAGAGAGCGCCUCCGGCUGCGACGUCAACAUCGAGUACGAGCUGCAGGAGGAGAACCUGGAACUGAACGACGUCGUCAUCAGCAUCCCUGUUCCGUCCGGGGUGGGCGCUCCUGUGAUCGGAGAUCUGGACGGAGAGUACAAACACGACAGCCGGCGGAACGUCCUGGAGUGGUGCCUACCAGUCAUCGAUGCCAACAACAAAACUGGCAGCCUGGAAUUCAGCAUCGCCGGGCAGCCCAAUGAUUUCUUUCCCAUCAAUGUGUCCUUUGUGUCCAAGCGCAACUACUGUGACAUUCAGGUUACCAAAGUGUCUCAUGUAGAUGGCGACAGCUCCGUCAGAUUCUCUUCAGAAACCUCCUUUGUUGUUGACAAAUAUGUAAUUGAGUAAAAAUAUUGGAAGAAAAUGGCAAAAUGAGAAAAAAAAAAUCACCAUUUACAAAAAAAAGUCCAAAUCUACGCUACAGAGAAAGAUCGACGAUUUCCAGCCUGCUGCCCCUGUAUAUUAUCAGACUGUACACAGCCAGGACGCCCGCCA